AUGACCAACAGCGAACGCAAUUUUGAACUCGGCAACGUCAAAGCGGGCGAGGCGAACGAUGUCACUGCCGUCCACACGAACGACGCAGCUGACGAUGUUGACCUCAAAGUGCAGCCCUUGGCCACGAUACUCCGGCCCGACAGCAUCGCCAACAUGUCCGACGAGGAACUGCGCCACAUCAGCGUCAAGAUGACCCGCAAGAUGGACGUGGUCAUCAUGCCAAUCAUGGGUAUCCUGUACAUUCUCAACUAUGUCGACCGUUCUGCCCUCGCCGCCGCCAAGGUCUAUGGCAUCAUGGACAACCUCGGCAUGACCACAGAGCAGUUUACCACGGCCAUUUCCACCCUGUUUGUUGGCUACCUGCCCUUCCAGAUCCCGUCCAACCUCAUCAUGACGCGCAUCACGCGGCCCGGUCUGUACAUUUGCAGCGCUGCCGCAGUCUGGGGCGCUGUCAGCGCCAGCACCGCGGCUGCCAAGUCGUACACGGGCCUGCUGGCCAUCCGCGUGUUCCUGGGCGUGACGGAGGCCGUGUUCUUCCCAGGGGUGCUUUAUUUUUUAAGUGCCUGGUACGACCGCUCGCAGCUGGGCAAGCGCCUGGCCGCACUCUUCAUGUUCCAGAUGCUGGGCAGCGCCUUUGGUGGCUUUGUGGCGGCUGCGUGCCUGACGCUCGAUGGCCGGCACGGCAUUGCUGGCUGGCGGUGGCUGUUUAUUGUUGAGGGCACUGUGACCGCGGGCUGUGGCAUCCUCUUUGCGCUGAUCAUGCCCGAGUUCCCACACAAUGCGAAGCGUCUGUUGACGCCCGUGGAACGCGACUAUGCUGUGUGGCGUCUCGAGAUGGAGGCUGGCGCUGGUGAGGCACACGAGGAGACGACGGUGUGGCAAGGCUUUAAGCUGGCGAUGAUGGACCCCAAGAUCUGGGCGCUCGUGUGGUGCGGCGGUAUGGGUCAAGCUAUGGGCACGAUUGUCAACUUCUUCCCGACCAUCGUCUCGACUCUCGGCUACAGCAGCAUGGUCACGCUUCUCCUCACAGCGCCGCCCUACGUUCUCGCCGCCAUCGUCUUUUAUGUUAUGUCGUAUAUCAGCGACCGCAAGAACGUCAUGUACAUCAUCAUCGUCAGCUGCCUCGGCGUCGCCGUCGCCGCGUACAUCGUUGCUCUGUCGACACUGAAUAUUGGCGCCCGCUACUUUGCCAUGAUGCUCAUGCCCUCGGUCUGCUCCGGCCCCCAGAUUAUGCUCUACAAGACCUUGCACCUGCACAUGGCCCGUCCGUUCCCCAAGCGCGCUGCCGGUGUUGCCAUGAUCAACGCCAUCGGCGGCCUGUCCAACAUCUGGGGCAGCUACCUGUACUACGAUAGCCCGCAUUUCUAUGCCGCGUUCGGCACGCUGCUGGCAUGCACGGUCGCCUUUUAUAUCACAAUUACGCUCUACCUGAUGCAUGUGCGUCGCAUGAACCGUCUUUUUGGUGGCUCACCGGCGGACCAGCGCAAGGCCAAGAAGAGCGGCGUCACGCAGCAGCAGGUCGACAUGGGUUGGCGGUAUGUGGGAUACUAG